AUGGUGCGGGUGGGCGACGUCGAGCUCUGCAUCGAGACGUUCGGGUCGCCCGCGGACCCGACGGUGCUGCUGGUGCACGGGUCGUGCGCCUCGAUGCUGUGGUGGCCCCGGGCGCUGUGCGAGCAGCUCGCCGCCCGCGGCCGCCACGUCGUCCGGUACGACAGCCGUGACACCGGCCGGUCGACCUCGUUCCCCGUCGGCGAGCCGCCCUACGGCCUGCGCGACCUCGCCGACGACGCGGUCGGCCUGCUCGACGCGCUGAGGAUCGACGUCGCCCACGUCGUGGGGCGGUCGACGGGCGGUGCGGUCGCCCUCGUCGCCGCCCUCGACCAUCCCGGCCGCGUCGCGUCGCUGACGCUCAUCGGGUGCACCACCGGCGACGACGACCUCCCGCCGAUGUCGCCCGCGUUCCUCGACGA